AUGACAAAAACCGCGCCUCGCCGCACCGUGACCAUGUCAAGAAAAAAAACUUACCGCGGUGUGGUUCCACACGGCGAUCAUCCCGGUUUCAAAUCUGUCUCCUUAACCACUCGGACACACUGACACUCACGCAGUGUCGACGGACCGCUAUAAAAGGGAGCAUACGUUUCGCAUGCCUUCGUUGUUACCACCAUUGACCGCGCGUCAUCCUCGAGAGGACGGUGUGAGGCGGGCGGGAAAACAUGUGGAUUCUACGCACCCACCCGGGCGCCAUGCUCCUCCCCGGUUUUUGUGCUCCGUCUCGGCUUUGUAGGGAUGCGAGGUCGAUGGUCUAACAACUACGGCAUGCACCACUACGAGUACACCCCCCCCGGUGUUUGCCAUCGGGGUUGGGUUUUCGUCGCUUGGCAACGACGUUGUAAAACAAGCCCCCCCCCCCCGGUGUUUGCCAUCGGGGUUGGGUUUUCGUCGCUUGGCAACGACUUUGUAAAACAAGCCCCCCCCUCGGUGCUUGCCCCCCCUACACAUUUCUAGAUUUAAGUGGGUUGGCGCUGUUUGUAAAGCGCUGUAAAACACGCCACCCCAAAUAUAGCCCCCAUAGUAUGCGCUACCAAAGACGCGUGACGCAUGGAUGCGUGGAGUGAGGAUUGCUUACGGAAACCUCACAGGUUGAGUGAUGUAGGAGAUUGCCGGACACAUAGAUGUGUUGAGUCAUUAAAGCUGUAUACUGAAACCUCAAGGGUUGAGUGAGGUUUAAGAUUGCCACACACAUGGACGGGUUGAGUGGGGAUAGCUGCAUACUGAAACCCCACGGGUUGAGUGAUGUUGGAGUGCCGGACACAUAGACGCGUUGAAUGAGGAUAGACACAUAUUGAACCUCACAGGUUAUUUGUAUUGGAGAUUGCGAGACACCUAGACGUGUUGAGUGAGGAUAGCUGCAUACUGAAACCUCACAGAUGCAUUGGUUUUUGAACACAUUGACGCGCUGGGUGGAGAUAGCUACAUACUGA